AUGGCUCUGAGCUCUCGGGCGCAUGCCUUCUCGGUGGAAGCCUUGGUGGGGAGACCCAGCAAAAGAAAACUGCGAGACACAAGAGAGGAGGUGCAACUUGAGCUGCUUGAGAAAGAGGGUGGAGAGGCCGAGGAGGAGAGAAGGAGCAGCGCCGGAGGGAGGAAGAUCGAGCAGCGUGAAAAGCGACGGAAGACAGAGCCUUUAGCAACUACCUUCUCAGGCUGUGGAGGCGGCAGCGGAGAUUGCAACAGCUUCGGCAGUCUGGAAGAGAAAGAUGCUAUCCAAGUGGAGCUUCAAGGAUCCGAGCUGUGGAAGAGAUUUCAUGACAUUGGGACUGAGAUGAUCAUUACCAAGGCGGGCAGGAGGAUGUUCCCCUCUGUUCGAGUCAAGGUAAAAGGACUGGAUCCAGGGAAACAGUACUAUGUGGCCAUCGAUGUGGUGCCAGUGGAUUCCAAACGCUAUAGGUACGUGUAUCACAGUUCGCAGUGGAUGGUAGCAGGGAAUACAGACCACUCAUGCAUCACUCCCAGGUUCUAUGUUCACCCGGACUCGCCUUGUUCGGGAGAGACAUGGAUGCGACAGAUCAUCAGCUUCGAUCGCGUGAAACUCACCAACAAUGAGAUGGACGACAAAGGCCAUAUCAUUCUGCAGUCCAUGCACAAGUACAGGCCCCGUGUACACGUGAUGAAGCAGGACAGCAGGGUUGACAUGUCUCGGAUUCAGUCCCUGCCUGCUGAAGGGGUUAAAACAUUCUCCUUUAAAGAAACAGAGUUCACCACAGUGACAGCUUACCAAAACCAACAGAUUACCAAACUGAAAAUAGACAGGAAUCCUUUUGCUAAAGGAUUUAGAGAUCCCGGAAGAAACAGGGGUGUAUUGGAUGGGCUUUUAGAGACUUACCCAUGGAGGCCUUCUCUCACUUUGGAUAUUAAAUCUUUUGGUGCAGACACACAAAGUGGAAGCAAUGGCUCAUCACCAGCGACCUCUAGUGGAGGGGCUCCCUCUCCUUUGAACUCUUUACUUUCUCCACCUUGCUCCCCUCCAUCGUUUCACAUACCUACAAGCUCCUUUGGAAUGCCCUGUCCAGAGGUGUACCUACACAAUAUCAACCUGCCCCUUUGCUACAAGAUUUGCCCAACUAAUUUUUGGCGACAUCAGCCUCUUGUCUUGCCUGCUCCUGAAAGGCUAGUAAGCAGCAACAGUUCUCAGUCUUUAGCCCCACUCAUGAUGGAAGUUCCCAUGUUAUCUUCCUUGGGGGUCGUUAUUUCAAAAAAUGGUUCAUCUGAAGACUUCAAUGGACAGUGUCAACAAACACAUAAUUCUUCCAAUCAAAUGUUGUAUGGAUUACAGGCACCUGGAAAUAUUUUAUCACCAAACCCCAUUGCCUCAGAAGCAAUCGGUUGCUCUUUCCAACCUUCCCAUGGCUUUUAUAGGUACAGCUUCUCUAUGCCAUCUAGACUGGUAAAUGCUGCCAACCAUCUCAAAGUGAAUGUCAACAGUCAAGUUUCUUUUAUAGAAGGCAAAUGCAAUCAUGCUCGUUGGUAUCCAAAAAUUAACAAUUGCCUUUAG